UUGGGAUGAACACAGAUGUUCACAAGAUUACUUUUGGAUAUAUAGUAAAGAGCUGGGAAAUUGCAACAAAUCUCCACUCUAAACCCACCAAGUCAUGUCUCUAGACACUGGCAUGGAUGCCACUGCACACUUUGGCUUUGUAUAGUGGAGUUUUUAUUGCACAACUAUGAUGAUUCCAGUGAGCUUGCUGUUCAUUCACCCUUAGAGGAGAUUAUACCUUUCUUUUUAAGCCUCUACAAAUAAGAGGGGGGCUGGGCCAAAGACGGAAACAUAAUGACACUAAUGCCCAGACCUGUAUCUGCCAGUAGCCCAUUGGAAGAAUGCUCUGUGCUUAGGAGACUAUUCUCUCCAGAGCAGCUCAGGGGAAAUGAAGAAAAACAGGAAAAGAAUAUCUCCAGCUCUACUUACAAAUAUAGGAAUGAGGAAUUUAAGAGACAAUUCUCACAUCUCCCAGAUUUGGAAAGGCUUGUAGUAGAUUAUGCCUGUGCCCUCCAGAAGGAUAUUCUUCUUCAAGGACGCCUGUAUCUCUCUGAAAACUGGCUCUGUUUCUACAGCAACAUCUUUCGAUGGGAGACCACAAUUUCUAUCGCCUUGAAGGAUAUAACCUUCUUGACAAAAGAGAAGACGGCUCGGCUCAUCCCAAAUGCCAUCCAAAUAGCCACUGAAGGAGAGAAGUUUUUCUUCACUUCAUUCAGUACCAGAGACAGGAGCUACCUCAAUAUCUUUCGAUUAUGGCAGAAUUCAUUGUUGGAGAAGAGACUGACCAAGCAAGAAUUCUGGCAGCUUGUGCAGCAGAGCUAUGGCUCUGAGCUGGGCUUGAAUGUUGAAGAAAUGGAAAACAUUUAUUCUUCCUCUGAGGAGAAUGGACUCUCUAGAUCUAGCCUUUGUGAUGAAUCUGGGGAGAAGGAUGAAAAGCCAUCUAAAGCAGUUGGUGUAACUCGAGAAGCCAUUACUCAGAUACUUGAAGCUGAAACAGAGUCUCUUAAUGGAAUCACAGUGACAGAAGGACCAGAGUCAGAGGAGUGUCAUUGUGACAAACAGGACAGGAGGAUUUCUCUGAUGCAUUCAGAAAAGAAGCCAGCUGAAUUAGCACAACGGAAACCUUCCCUGAAGACACCAAAUCUAAAUGAAAAUGUCCCUCAGGAGCAGAGCAGUGCCUCAGAAAGUGAUGGAGGAGCUGAGGAAACUGUCCCUGAGAAUGACCUCCUUGGAAAACUCUUUAUUAAUCGGGUGUUCCGCAUUGGGGCAGACAGGAUGUUUGAAAUGCUAUUCACUAAUUCCCAUUUCAUGCAGAGAUACCUCAGUACCAGAAAUAUAACAGAUCCAGUAUCAACCCCUUGGAAUAGAGACAUGGGAGGCAAUCAGUUGAGGACGAUGACUUACACUAUUGUGCUUAACAAUCCACUUGUUGGAAAAUUCACAACUGCAACAGAAAAACAGGUCUUGUAUAAACGGAGCCACAAAAGUCAAUCAUAUCGGAUAGACACAGAGGUGAUGACACAUGAUGUGCCCUAUCACGAUUACUUCUACACUGUGUAUAGUUACUGUAUCACCCGUAUGUCCAGUCAGAAGUGCAGGCUACGGAUUUCUUCAGAUGUGAAAUAUAAAAAGCAGCCAUGGGGGCUUGUCAAGAAUAUAAUAGAGAAGAAUACAUGGGGUGGGAUACAGGAAAAUUUUAAGCAACUUGAAUCAGAACUGCUAAUGGAAGAAUAUGCAAUAAACAAACCUAUAGAGGAUUCAGCAAAACAUGGUGUCCUAAGGAGGAGGAGAUGGACUUUACAACGCAAUAUGGAAAUGCUUCCUAAACGCUCGUCACAGUACUCUUCUGGGGACACAGGUUUGCCUUCCCAUGGUGAUGUAGGACCCAAAAGGGAUGCUACAAACAAGACCAUCGCCAUCAUAGUAGUAAUGAGUAUCUUCUUACUCUUGCUGGUUUUGCUGAAUGUGACACUCUUUCUCAAACUGUCUAAGAUUGAACAUGCAGCUCAGUCAUUUUAUCGUGUUCAGCUUCAGGAAGAAGGAUCUGUAAAUUUAGCCCUCAAUAUGGCAUCAAGAGAGAGAAACCCUCAACAUGAUACAGACCAAGUCCAGCAUGUGAAAGGGGUGCUGAGAGAUUCCAUAGCAUUGCUUGAACAGUUAAAGAAUUCCCUUUCUAUGCUCCAAAGCAGCUUUGAUCACCUAAAUAAGACCAAAAGUGGGAAGCCUGGAAGCUGAUGAUGUCACCAAAAGUUAAUACUAAGAAGAAUUAAGAUACUGGUGGUGAAACUGCUUGUUUCUCACAACCUUUUGCUCAGCAACCAAUUGCACACCUAAUAAAGAAAUCUUUAUAAAACUUAUUAUUUCACCUCCUCCUGCCUUGUGAAUCCUCCUGAUUCACUUGAUGUCUUUGUGAACAAUUUCCUGAACUGUGAAUAGUUGGUGUGAAUGUGUAAGAACACUGUGUGGUCUGGUAAUUAUGUGAUAUGCAAAUUCCAGUGAGAGGCUUCAGGAAAGCUAUGUGAAGAAAUUUUAAAAACUGGUUUUGCCUAGGUUUGAAACAUUAUGAACAAUACAACACAUUGUUUUGUAAAGGUUCUCCAUUUGCUCUUCUCCAAUGCGCAUGCAACAACUUAAAAUAUAUAUAUGCAGUUUUGAAGGUCUAUAUUGGAAUGUUCCAAAUGUCUUUUUUUUAUAUGUGUGUGUUGCUCUUAUGGGUGUUUUGCUCUUAGGUCAUGAUAACUACCUCCUCCCAUCCACUAUCAUUUCAGCUCUCAGGGAUUUCUUAGGUAGUGUCUAUAUGUGUAUAAAAAACAAUGUUUAAAAAUGUCCAAUCCCUGAAUUUUUUUUGACAGCUAAAAUAUUCAUCUGAUUUGUACAAUGAAUGUACAGAGUUCUUUGUAAACAAAACAAAAUCAGGUUUGAUGUUUUAUGGACUUCAAGGAAAACUGGAAAUCUAGUUGUCUUCUGAUUAAGUUAUAUCUGUAGCACACUAAGACAAUAGCUAUGUACAUGUAUUGUGAGAUAGGAAUGCUUUGUUACAGUAAAGAACAAUGUAUAACCAGUUACUGGGAAGUUUAACAGGCUUUCUGAAUAUACUUCCAGGAAAAUGGAACACAGUAAAAUGAGUGUGCACUAAUAAAAAAAACCUCACUGUGUAAUUCUGCCUGUGCUAUGUAUGCUGUGUAUCUGUUAACUGAAACUGUCCAAGAUUGUGACUUUAUGGGGCUUCUGAUUAUCACUAGCCUUUCUUCAAAGGUGCCUUUCUCCUUGUUUGUAUAGGAAACUAGCUUUAGCAAAUGGACCAAUUUUUAAAAAACAAAGUACUGUUCAUGUACAGUAUAGUAAGAAAUGUAUUGGAAUGAUUGGUGUUGGACUGCUAAACAUUUUCCCAGGAUCUAGAUUUAAUAAGAAACAUGGGAACUGAUGAUAUCACAAACAGUUAAUCAGGUUAGAGACUAAUGAAGGCACUUUAUAUUUCUUAGAAUGCUGAUGUCCUGUGUGCUUUUUGUACUUGAACACGACAUUGAUCAUUUUAUACAUUAAAAAGGAGUUAAAUAUUGUAUAUAGUGUGUGGAAAACUAUGUAACUAGUUACACAUGUUUGUCAUAAGGAGAGGAUUCAAUAAAAUUAUCAGAUGUUGAAUUAU